AUGGAUAGUGACAGUGACGAUUAUAAUGAUGAGAUUAGUUAUGAAAAUAUGAAACAAGAAGGUGAAAAUAAUAAUGGAGCUGUUCAACAAUCAAUGAAACAUUUUCAACCAACAAAUAAAAUUCUAUCAAAAUAUGUUGAUAAAAUUGAUAUAAGUCCAUAUUCACCUCGUACUGGUCAUAUCGAUGAUGGAAAAUAUCGUUCAAAAGAUAAACAUGAUCGUGCAACUGUUGAACAAGUUCUUGAUCCACGUACACGUUUAAUAUUAUUUAAAUUUCUUCAACAAGGUUUAGUUGAAGAAAUUAAUGGUUGUAUAUCAACAGGAAAAGAAGCAAAUGUGUAUUAUGCAAAAACAAAUAAUAAUGAACAUCGAGCUAUUAAAGUUUAUAAAACAUCAAUACUUGUUUUUAAAGAUCGAGAUAGAUAUGUUACUGGUGAAUAUCGUUUUCGACAUGGAUAUUCUAGACAUAAUCCAAGAAAAAUGGUUCGAUUAUGGGCAGAAAAAGAAUAUCGAAAUUUAUCACGUUUAUACACGAAUGGAAUUCCAUGUCCAAAACCUAUUGCACUUAAAAAUCAUGUCCUGGUUAUGGAAUUUAUCGGUGAAAAUGGUUGGCCAGCUACUAAAUUAAAAGAUUCUCCACCAUUAGAUGAAUCUGAAGCAUUUUCACUUUAUCUUAAAUUAAUUCAUUACAUGCGAACAAUGUUUGUUAAAUGUAAAUUAAUUCAUGCAGAUUUAUCUGAAUUUAAUUUAUUACUUGAUUCAAAAAAUCAAUUAUAUGUUAUUGAUGUAUCUCAAUCAGUUGAACAAGCACAUCCAAAUGCACUUGAAUUUCUACGAAUGGAUUGUCGAAAUGUCACAGAUUAUUUUGCUAAACGAUAUACAUUGAAAACAAUUUUAACCAUGCAACAAUUAUUUAAUUAUAUAACAGAUCCAACUAUCAAUGAUUCAAAUGAACAAGCUUAUCUUGAUAAAAUGAUUGAACAAGCGAAAAAUCUACCAUUAAAUGAAACAACAGAUGAAGUUGAUGAAAGAGUUUUUGAACGCAUAUUUAUUCCACAAACAUUAGAUGAUUUAUGUGAAACAUCAUCAAAAGAUUUUCGUCAAGUAUCAACUAUAUUAGGCAUGAAUGAAACAAUGACUGAAGCUCGUUUAGUACCGAAAAUUCUUGAAGAUGAAAAUGAUAAUUCAAGUAGUUCUAGUAGUUCUUCAAGUUCCAGUGAUAAUGAUGAUAAUGAUUCAAGUGAUUAUGCAUCAGCAAAAGAAGAACAAGAAGAACAGGCAAUACAAAAAGGAAAUAUUAGACCUCGAGAUGAAUCACCAACAUCUAAACGAUUAAGAAAACAAGCAGUAAAAGAACAAAAACGAGAAAAAAGAAAAACAAAAAUACCAAAACAUGUGAAGAAAAGAGCAGAAAAAAUAGGUGGUGAUAAAAGAAAAAGAAAAGGAUAA